CGAUUUGGAAUUAACAUGAAUUUUAUCUCUAUUGCAGAGGUAGAAAACAAAUUGCCAAAGAUUAUGAAGCUUGUAAAAGAGCGCCGUCAGAACAGGAGAAACCGAAAUGCAGAAGUGCUCUUGAGAAAAGAAUCAGAACUUAUUGGGCUGAUUGAGGAUUUUCACAAACAGUAUCAGUUUGUUUAUGGUCAGUAUGAUGAUCUCAGAGGACAGUUAUCUGAAACUGUCAAUGGAGCAAAAGAAGAUGAGGGGUACUUUACAGCUACUUCCUCCAGUUCAGACUCAGAGGCAGAGCUAGAGAAGGAUGUGAAGGCAAAUGGUCACACCCACCUGAACCGAGAGAAGAAGUCCUUUUACUCUGAAUACGUAGAAACAAUGAACAAAGCACAGGAAAAUGAGAAGAUUAUGAAAGAACUGAAAGAGAAGCUUGAUGAAAAGGGAAGAGAAGUUUCAAUCCUUGCUCGGAAGCAGAAGCUUUGUCAGAGGGAAAUUUCAGGCUUGAUGAGUGAACUAGAGUCAGAGCUGUCAUCUUUCAACCUUAAGCUAAAUGGGAUGUGCGUUGAGAAGAAAGCAUUAGAACAGCGAGUGGAGAACAAAGAACUGCAAAAACAGGUUUCAAAACUUGAAAAGAUAGCGAAAGAGAGGGAUGAAGAGAUAUCUAAACUUGUAAAAAAUGGAGUUGAUGGUGCUGUUGAAAAUAAUGGGUUGAUAAGUGAGGUUUCCAAAAUAAAGGGGUUGAUAGUACAGGUGAACCAGCUGAAAUUAAAUGUGGAUUGUUUGUUUAAUGCACAGAAAAGUGAUUCAGAAAAACAAAAGUUGUCUCAAAGUAAUAACAACGGCUUUGCUAUGCAUGAGAACUUGCUGGAUCAGGUAAACAAAAUGAAGCGCGAUCUAGGGUCAAUGAGAAAGAAGAACACGGAACUAGAGUCAAAUAUUGAGAAGAAAGCCCAAGAAAAUUCAGAAUUUUUGUCACAGAUAGAUGACCUCAAGAAGGAACUAACAGAAAAGGCUCAAGAAUUUCAGAUGAUGCAGAAGGAGAAAGAGGAUUCACUAGUGAGAGUGAAAAAAUUAGAAUUAGAGGCACAACAUUCAAGCAACCUCAUAAGUGAAAGAGAGAAGCAAAUUACGAAAAAAGAGCAAGAAAAGUUCCAGCUAACACAGGAGUUAGAGGUACUGCAAGGAAAAAUGGUGAAGAUGGAGAGUCUAUUGAAAGAAAGGGAGGAUCAUUUCACUGCACUUCAAAAGGGACUUGAGAAUGGGGAGGAUGAUAAAUCUGCUCAGAUCACGGCUUUGAUGGCUCCGAUUAACCCCAUUGAGCAGGAGUUGGAACUGAAGAAUGAAUCUGAAAUACAGAUUAAGAUAAAGAACAAUGAUAUCAGUAAGCUAACUGAUGAAAAGGAGUCACUUAAAGAGAGAAUAUUAGAACUAGAGAAGAGGCUGAAAGAUAGAGGAGACGAGUUCUCAACUUUGGAAAAUGACAUGUCUACUCAUAUAGUAGCCUUGAAUAAAGAAGUAAGCCACCUGCAGCAUGAAAAGGAUACAGGAAGGAAGCUUGAUAAACAGCUAAGUUUGCGCGACCAAGAGAUCAGUGAUUUAGAAGAUGAGAAAGAAAGCCUACAAGUGAAGAUUUUAGAGCUCGAAAUAAAAUUGUCAGACAAAGAAGAUCAAAUUGCUGAUCUUCAGAGAAAAUGUCAAGCAGGGGAGAAUGAAAUAAAUUGUUUGCAGGGAGAAUUGUCUGAUGAAAGGAAAAAGUUUUCUGAAAGACCAUUUCAACUUGAAAAUCAAAACGAUGAACUGAAUUUCAAGAUUUCAGAUCAGCAAUGUAUGUUAAAACAACAAGAAGACACCAUUAACAAAUUAAGAGAGAACUGUAAAUUAAUGGAAGGGCGAUUCCUGCAGGCUGCAUACAGGAAGAUGGAUGAAGUGGCAGAAGAAUUCAGGAAGAAUUUCGAGGAUAAGCUUCGUAUGUUAACACGGAGGAUAAGAGUGGCCGAGCAACUGCAUGCUGAGACCAAAGAGAGCUGCAAGAAGAUGCAAGAGCAUUGUCAGCAGCAACAUCCAGGUUAUCUCGAAAAAAGACUAUCUCAUCAAGUGAUAUCACCGCACAAAUCUGAGUUACAGACGACAGUUGUUCAAGCAGUGAAUGAAAUGAUGAAGGAUAUGGAGUGUUUGAUAAACAACUUCGAGAGCAAGGAAGGGAGUUUCAUACAAAGAUUGUCGAGUGUGUCUAAUGAGAUUCAGGUUGCAAAGAAUUGGGUUCGUUUGACAAUGAAUGAAAUAAAACCAUGUAAAAAUAACGAGCUAGUAGUAGCCUCGCCACUUGCAUUUACAUCGGAUGGCAAAGAACAAGAUAAAUUAAUGAAGGAGAAGGUAAAGAUGUUAGAAGCAAAGGUGAAUAAGGAGAAAGGUGAUAAGUUAAGGCUAAUGAAAGGGAUGUAUGAGAUGCAGAAGAAGGUGGCGGAUUUGGAGAACGCGAUUGUAGAGAAGGAUGAAGGGUUAUUGAGACUAGGAAAUGAGAAAGUAGAGGCCAUAAGACAGUUAUGUAUUUGGGUUGAUUAUAGACAAAGUCGGUUUGAUCAGCUCAUGAAAAUGAUGUUAGUGAAGAAGACUACUAAAAGCUGUGAGAAGCUAGUCAAAAUGACGAAGAAGAAUCACCGCAUGAGAAAUUCAAUUAAGACCUUUUUUGAAAAGCAUACUGAUCCUGAACAACAUGAGAAGCUUCAAGAAAUCAAAAAAGACAUGGAGGAGAAGAAGAAAAGAUUACUGAACCUUGUGAAGAGCAACGAGGAAAGUGAUGAAUCAAAAAAAGCGCCUCUUGCUGAACUCAUUGAGGAUUUUCACAAACAGUAUGAAUCACUCUUUUCUCAAUAUGAUCAUCUCACUGGUAAAUUGAAGGAGAAAGUUAGCAAGCCACAGCAAAAGAAAGAGAAGCUCUCUUCCUCAGAGUCAGACUCUGACUCUGACUCAGAUCAUUCAUCCAAGGGAAAAGACAUCAAAAAUGGAAAAGUAGAAGAUGAAAAUAAAGCCACUGAUGGAAUCCAGCAAGAGCUUGAAGCAGCAAAACUCGAAGUUGCAGAUCUCAAGAAUGAGCUGGCAACAACAUGCAAUGAGAAAAUCGCUCUUGAAUCAGAGUACAAGGCAUUACUGACAAAGCAACAAGAUUCAGACAAAACUUUGGAAGAUUUGAAGGUAGAGGUUCAAAGAUUGGGUUCUGAGAAAUCAGAACUUCUGGCAGAAAAACAAGAGCUAGAGUCGAAAUUGGAGAACUCUGUCAAGACAGAAGCUGAACUGAUUCAACAGAUUGAAGAACUGAAACAAGAUAGAGAUAACCUUGCCACUGAGAAAGAAGAUUUUACCAAAAUGCUUAAAGAAGAGAACCAAAAUGUAGAAAGUUUGAAAGGUGAGGUCAAUCAGCUGCAAAGUGAGAAAAAAAACAUUGAGAUUGAAUUAGAGACAGCUUCCGAGGAAAUUUCUAGGAUAAAACCAGAAUUAGACUCAUGGAAGCAGGAAGCAGCAAACUUGAAGGAGACCAUGAAAGUUGCUGAAGAGGAAAACACAGCUCUUUCUUUGAACAUGUCACAAAUGACUGAUGAACUCAAGCGGGCACUGGAUACCAUGGAGGAGCUGAAAGCAGAGUAUGCCACCUCAAAUGAUAAGUUGGCUGAGAGAGAACAAGAUUUCUUAUCUCUAAGGGAGAUGCACGAUGCCCAUACCACAGGAGCUUCAGAACAAAUAAAGGCUUUGGAAGAACAGACAAACAGUUUGAAGCUCGAACUGGACUCGUCAAAACAAGAAAACGAAAACUUGAAGGGAUCAAUGAACACCGCUGAAGAAGAAAAAAAUUCUCUCUCUCACAAAAUUUCACAAAUGACUGAUGAACUCAAACAGGCACAGGAUGCCCUGGAUGAGCUGAAAGCAGAGUCUAAUAGCUCAAAAGAAAAAUUGUUUGAGCAGGAAAGGGAAUUUUCAUCCCUAAGGGAGAUACAUGAUGUACAUAAAACUGGAGCUUCAGAACAAAUAAAGGCACUGGAGGAAGAGACAAAUGGUUUGAAACUCAAAUUAGAGAAUUUGAUUAGUGAGAACAGAGAGAAAGAAGAGCAGUUUGAGAGUAAAUCAGCAGAAGCCAGACAGUUGGGUGAAGAGGUAGCUGAGUUAAGGGAGCAGAUUUCACAAAUGGAGACGAUGUCAAAGGAAAGAGAAGAGCAUAUAUUAUCUCUCCAGGAGAAACUUGAGGUUAUGGAGAAUGAGUCAAAUUCCAGAAUUGAAGCCCUGACAGCCCAAGUCAACAACUUUACAGAAGAAAUUGAAAUGUUAUCUGCUGAGAAAAGUCAACUGUCAGAACAGAUGGCUGGAAGAAGUGACGAAGCAUCUGUUCAAAUCAAGGAAUUACAGGACCAGAUCAGCUCAUUGGAGCAUGAAAUGAAAACCUUACAGGUUCAGGAAAGGGAUAUGAAGUUGGAUCUUGAGAGAAAAGACGAGGAUAUUGCAGAGUAUCGGAUACAAAUUGAAGGUUUGCAUGAAAAAUUAACUAGCAGCGAUGCACUUCUAAAACAAUUUUUUGAAGAAAAGGAAGCUCUGGAAGCCAAGUUAAUGGACCGAGAGCUGGAAGUGGAAACUCUAAACAGCCACAAAACAGGACUGGAAGAGAAAACUAAAUCAAGCAGCAGCGAGGCUACUCAACUAAGAGAGGAAAUCACAAGGUUGCAAGAUAGGAUUCAGGAGCUGGAGAAAUCCUUACAGGAGAGGGAUGAUGAGUCUUCUACAAUGCAGCAAAGGCUUGAAGAUGAAGAGAAUGAAGCAUCUUCCAAGAUUACAGCCUUAAUGACGGGGAUCAGCAAUUUGAAGCAGGAAUCAGAAGCAGCUCAAACCAUAAAUAGCCAGUUGGAGGCACAGAUUGAGAAGGAGAAACAGGAAUAUCUUGAGGGUCUGAAUCUGCUAGAAACCGAGAAUGUUGAUCUGAAAACCAAAAUAGAUGAUCAUCUCAAGACCGUACAAGAAUUAGAGGAUGAAUUGAUGAAUAGAAAAGAGCAGUGUGAACAACUUGAAUCUCGUCUUCAAGAGAAUGAGGCGGAACUCCAAGAGGCAAAAAGAACAAUCUGGGAGCUGAAGGAGGAUUUGAGCAUGAGUAGUGAAUCAAAAGAUCAAAAGAUUUUGGAGUUUGAGAUAUUAGUUGAAGAAUUGAAAAGAGAUCUAGAGGUGGCUACAGAUGAAGAAAAGACUGCUUGGGAGAAAACCCGGAAUAUUGAAGUUCAGCUACGCUUAGCAAACCAAAAACUCAGGGUCACAGAACAACUAUUGACUGAAAAUGAAGAGAGCUUCAAGAUUGCAGAAAUGAAAUAUCAACAAGAGUGCAAAGAGUUAGAAGACAAAUUCACUCGGCUCUCUCAAGUACUUGCUGCUAAUAAUGAAGCUUAUCGUGGAAUGAUAAUGAAUAUCUCAGAGAAUGUGAACAUUUCAUUAGCUGGAAUGGAAGCAGUCAUGUGUAAAUUUGAGGAGGAUCACCAGAGGUUCUCUAAUAAUAUCUUCAGCAUGUCCGAAGAGGUUCAAAUUUUGAAGCAAUGUGCGAUAGGGAAGAAUGUUGAGGGAGAGCAGUUGAAAGAACAGCUGGGUAAUCUAAAUGAGCAAUUGAAGAAUGAGAGAGAACAGGUACUAAUGAUGACAGAGAAGAUUGGUAAGAUGGAAGUUGAGGUUGACAACAAUAAAGGCGAAAAAGAAAAGUUGGUGUCUGCAAUACAUGAGCUGAAGAAGGCAACAGGAGAGAUGAAUGUGGUUUUGAAAGAGAAAGACGAGCGACUAUCAACCCUUGGGGAGGAAAAACGUCAAGCCAUAAGGCAGCUAUGCUUGUGGUGCGAUACUUUGUACACCCAAUAUGAUGAGCUCAAGAAGAUUGUCCCGAAGACCACUCCACAAAGAAGGUAAAGGUAGAUAUAGAAUCUUUUGGUUUUUUCUUUUUUCCUAGUUCGGGAGUCAUGCAUUUAAAUUUGGCUUUCAAGGAUUGUUAUUAUUGUUUCAUUGUCUUCGGUAUGUCAUGGGUGUAAAAUAGAGUGUAUAUCCUUAUGUCUGACUGUCUGUCUAUCGAGUAAGUAUAGAUUUUUUGGUGUGUUUCCUUCAAUCCAGAUAUUUGGGGACUAGAUUUAUUCUUUACCUGAUAUCAAAAUAAUUGUCAUGUUUUUAUUAAUUUUUU